CACCGUUUCAUUGCCCCUUCACUCCACUCCUUUUGUACUCUAUCAUUUCGUUUUGAAAAUGCCAGCGUCCUCUUCUUCAUCUUCAUCUUCUUCAUCCUCAUCCUCAUCCUCAUCGUCGUCGUCGUCGUCCUCGUCGUCGUCGUGGAUCCUCAGUCCGUCCAGCCCGGCAGACGUCGUCCAGCGGUGCGCAGGCGGAAAGGCGCUCAAUCUGUGGCGGCUGUCAGGACUGAUUGCUGCGACCGCGAGCGAGACCGCAGCAGCAGCAGCAGCAGCAGCAGCAGCGACCAAUGCAUCCGAGUCGCACACCGAGUCGAACGCGUCGCUCGCAGCGCUGCUGCCAGUCAAGGUCCCCAGCUGGAUUUGCAUUAGCACGGACGCGUUUGACGAGUUUGUCGAGCACAACGGACUGCACGCGCAGCUCACCUACCGCCCAGCACUGCCACCGCACACUGCACUGACGUCGUCGAGCGCAAACGCUGCCGAGGGAGACAGUCCCACCACCCCAGUCACCGCUGGGCUGGCUGCAUUUGCAGAGCGCGCGCGAGAGGUGUGCCUGUCGAGCCCGCUCCCGGACGCGCUCCGCAGCCAAAUCCUCAAUGCAAUCAACAAGGAGCCAUUCUCAAACCACUACGUCGCCGUUCGCUCGUCGGGCGCGGACGAGGACUCGGGCCAGCACUCGUUCGCUGGGCAGUUUGACUCGUUCCUGUUUCAGAGCAAGGAGCACGAGAUUAUGCGCGCAAUCCGAUCGUGCUGGGCGUCCUGCUUCUCUGAGCGUGUCAUGGCGCACCGCAUCGAGUGUGGGCUGGCCAUCACCAGGCCGCGGAUGGCCGUGAUUGUCCAAGUCAUGGUCAACUCGGCCGUUUCGGGCGUCGCCUUCUCGCGCCAUCCCCUCAAGGCCAUGUCGACCAGCAACGCGCUGGUCGAGGCUGUCUAUGGCAUUGGCGAGGGCCUUGUCAGCGGUGAAAUUGAGCCCGACAGCUUUGAGGUCGAUCGUGCCACGUUCGUCGUCAAGGAGCGCGUCAUUGUCGAGAAGGAAUCCGAGCUGCGACCGCCGCACCAUCAGGACAGCGGCAAGAGCGCUGCGACAAAGGCAUCGGCGGGAGCGGUCGAUCCCUCGGUGCUGGCCAAGAGCAGCUUGGUCAAGGUCAGCGUGCCCGAGGCGCGCAAAAAGUCUGCCGCGCUCACGGACGUGCAGGCUGCGCAAAUUGCGCACUUUCUGGUUGCGCUCGAGGCGCGUUUGGGCCGCCCGCAGGACUUUGAGUACGGCUACGAGCAGAACGACGCCACCCUGUACUGUCUGCAGGCGCGCCCCGUGGUGACGCUGCCGCCGUCCGCUUUCUUUGACAACUCGGUCGGCGGAAACGUGCCUACCCUCUGGGACAACUCGAACAUUGUCGAGAGCUACUCUGGUGUCACUUCUCCAGCCACCUUCUCCUUUGCUUCGUACGCCUAUGCUCUCGUCUACACUUGCACUCUGCGCGUCGCUGGCGUUCCUGCGGAGGUCAUUGCCGAUUACCAGCCUUACCUCACCAACAUGCUCGGCCUUGUUCGCGGCAACAUUUACUACAACCUGAUGAACUGGUACCGGUGCCUUGCCACCAUCCCAGUCGGUGUCGACAAGGGCAAGUUUAUGGAGACCAUGAUGGGUGUCAAGCAAACGCUCGAUCCUGCGCUCGAGCGCGAGCUUGGUGCCAUCUCUGCCACCGAGCCACAGUACAGUAUUGGAACCAAGAUCCGUGUGCUCGUCUCCAUGCUGCACAAGAUUUACACCCUGGACGGCCUCGUGGCCAGCUUCUUUGAAAACUUCAACCACCAUUACGCGCACGCUCGAAGCAUUGACUUUUUCAGCCUGUCCAUCCAAGAGCAGUCGGCGUGGAUUCGAAAGCUCCACCGCGACGUCACGAGCAAGUGGGAAACGCCCAUCCUGAAUGACACCUACGUCAUGCUCUUUUUUGGAAUGCUCAAAAAGCUGGUGGGCCAGUAUCUGCACCUGGACUCGGACAAGGCGCAGUCACUCCAAAACGACUUGCUGUGCGGCCAAGGCGAUGUCGAAAGCACCGAGCCGACCAAGAUGCUCAUGCGCAUUGCCGCGCAGGUGGAUGCCUCUGCCGCCCCCGUCCGCAAGUGGUUCCUGGAGAACCAGCAAGACGUCAUUGCUCGCGUGCUGAACUUGUCGGAAGUCCGCUCCGCCACCAAGCGUGCCCGCAGAAGUCAAUCUGCCGAUCAUUUUGGCGACGCAGAGGCCUUUGUCCAAGCCAUCUCGAGCACCAAAGACGAUCCCAAGCACACGAUUUGCGCGCACAUUGAGCUCUUCCUCGACAAGUACGGUUUCCGCUGCAUCAACGAGCUCAAGCUCGAGGAGAGCACGCUGUAUGACCAGCCUGAUUUUGUCAUUGAAUCCAUUGCCGGCUACGUCCGCACCAAGUCGUACUCGAUCGACGCCAUGGAAGAGCGCGAGCUUGCCAUCCGCCACCAGGCUGAAGCAACCAUCAACAGCACACUCAACCCCGUCAAGCGCGCCUUCUUCAACUGGGUGCUGUGGCACGCACGUCGCGGCGUUCGCCACCGUGAAAACAUGCGCUUUGCGCGAACCAAAUUGUUUGGACUGUUCCGCGAGCUGUGGCGCGCCUAUGGCGCAAACUUGGUCAAGCUGGGACUUCUCCAGGAUCGACAGGAUGCCUUUUAUCUGACGCAGGACGAGCUGUACGCGUUUGCUGAUGGUCGCUCUGUCACGAACGACAUUGCUGGUCUUGUUGCGCUUCGCAAGCACGAGUACGACGAGUACCGCAAGGGCGUUUCUCCUCCCGAGCGCUUCAUGACGCGCGGCGCUGCUGGUCUGUUUAUGCACUAUCCCCAGAUCCUUGGCGACCUCAACAUGCUUCGCCAACUCGAGCUGGAUGCGGCUGCCGAUCCUCAGGUGCUCCGUGGCACGCCGUGCUGCCCGGGUGUGGUGGAGGGCGUCGUCCGUGUGGCGGUGACCAUCAACGAGACAAAGAACCUGUCUGGCGAGAUUCUCGUGACUGCGCGCACCGAUCCAGGCUGGGUUCCGCUGUACCCGCUCUGCUCUGGCCUGCUGAUUGAGCGUGGCAGCCUUCUGUCGCACUCUGCUGUCGUGGCACGAGAGCUGGGCCUGCCGACCAUUGUUGGCAUUUCGGGUGGUCUGAUGAAGCGCCUGAAGACGGGAAUGCGUGUUCGCAUUGACGCCGCGAAGGGAGAGGUUCGCAUUCUGGACGACACUGACUCUGGAAGCAAUGUUGCUGCUGCUGCUGUCAAUGUCUCGGGCAAGGACACCAAGGCUCCCGAUGUGCUGGUUGGUGAUUCGACAACGCGCAAGCGCCGCAGCAACUCUCGCUCGCGGUCUUCGAACGAGGAUGAGGAGGAUGGUGCUUCCAAACGUUCACAGUCUCCUGCUCGUGGAAAGUCGCCGGCUCGAGGAAAGUCUCCUGCUCGUGUCGAGUCCAAGAAGUCCAAGUGAGAUUCUUCUUUUGAAUGCCUUGUGCCACCGGUGCUGUUUUGCUCGUAAUUGCCAUUGUUCAGAGUGUAGAUGUUUGUGCGAAAAUACAAUUGUCUGUUUGGUGUU